UCUUUUCUUUUAGCAUUUAAAUGGUAUAUUGUGCUCGUUAAGUUUAGGGCGAGCCCCUGACGAAGCAUUUGGGAAGAUUGCAUCAUCUCAUAUAAUGGAAAAAUUCGCUCCUUUUCGUGUUUUUUGUCUGUUACCAUUGAUAAACGUCUAUCUAUGCUAUUAUGAAGAAUUAAUAUGCUUGGAUUUUAUCAGUUAGCGAGGCGUGCCCACUUUGUUUAAAACGCUGUUACGAUAGAGUGGAAGGUUGAUGAACACAUACGAUGUCGUUCUUUGUUAUGUCAUGUCGGCAUUACGCACUUUCGUAGGGCACUCUUACUUGAAGGCAAAAAAAGACCGUAUUUAGAAAGAUAAUUGCUUACGAGAAACGCAUGCAUAUAUGUAAGCUGGAGAGUUUUUGUUUAAGUGACAUUGUCAGCCUUUAAUUAAGGUAAUGGCAGACAUUAAAUCUGAUUGCUUCCAUGUAAAGUUAUUACGACUCUCCUCCGUGUUGUUUAAAUUUUCUUUAGAUCCUUCGCACAAUCAGUAUAAAUUAUUUCAUCGAAGAAGAGCUUCGGAAAACGGAAACAACAGAUAAACUACGAGUGUAAAUCUAAGCUGAGUAUGAGUUCAGUAAGAGAAGUAACGAAACCAAUAACCAUAAUAUUAUAAAGAUUUUUAUAUUUUGUAGAAAAGAAAACUAUGAACACGAUACGAAUAUCACGAAAAGCCGUAUUAAUAUUUCUUUUCAUAUUGUUGUUUUUGGCUUAUGUUAUUUUACCAAAAAUAGCUUCUCGUGCGAAAUCACCGCAAAUACAAACAGCUACGUUUCGAACUGAUAAAAGUUUAGGUAAUUAUGAAACCGUUGAACGACAAAGAGAAGGUCCAGGUGAGAAAGGGUUAUCACAUCACGUUAGACCAAAUCAAGUUGAUGAAGAAAACAGAUUAAAAGAUAUAUAUGGUUUCAAUCAGUUGGUAUCCGACGAAAUUUCAUUAGAUCGUACUGUUCCUGAUAUGAGAGAAACAGAAUGUAAACAUUGGGAUUAUCCUGAAAAUCUUCCAACAGCUUCUGUUGUUUUUAUAUUUCACAAUGAAGGAUGGAGUACAUUGUUUAGAUCUGUACAUAGUGUCAUUAAUAGAUCUCCAUCGCAUUUGUUGCACGAAAUAGUUUUAGUUGACGAUAAAUCAGAACUGGAGCAUUUACACGAACGUUUAGAUGAUGAAAUAAAAAAACCAUAUUAUGAAGGGAAAGUGAAACUUGUCAGAAAUAAAGAAAGAGAAGGAUUGAUAAGAGCGAGAAAUAUCGGAGCCGUAGCAGCUACAGGUGACGUGGUUGUAUUUUUGGAUGCACAUUGUGAAGUUGGCCCUAACUGGUUGCCACCAUUGUUAGCACCCAUUCAUGAAGAUCCAACCACACUAACUGUACCUGUUAUCGACGGAAUUGAGUGGGAUGACUUUUCCAUCAAACCUGUUUACGCCGAGGGUACUCAUUCGCGAGGUAUAUUUGAAUGGGGGAUGUUAUACAAAGAGACAGCACUACCUGAGAAAGAAGCUUCAAAAAGAAAAUACCACAGUGAACCGUACAACUCACCCACCCAUGCGGGUGGCUUAUUCGCCAUCAAAAGAAGCUGGUUUAAAAAACUUGGAUGGUAUGACCCAGGUUUACAGAUUUGGGGAGGCGAAAAUUAUGAAUUAUCAUUCAAGUUAUGGCAGUGUGGAGGCAGAUCUGUUUGGGUUCCAUGCUCGCGCAUUGGCCAUGUUUAUCGCGGACACAGCUGUUCGUCUUGUCACUCCGGUGGAGCUGAAGCAAAGUGGGGAGGAGUGCCUCUUGCGUUACGUAAUUACAAACGAUUAAUCGAGACUUGGUUUGACGCUAAGUACAAAGAAUUUUUUUACACGAGAGAACCUCUUGCAAGUUUUAUCGAUAUGGGAGACAUAUCUGAACAAGUGGCUUUAAAGAAAAAAUUAAAUUGCAAACCAUUUUCUUGGUUCAUGAAGGAAAUAGCCUACGAUGUAUUCGAUAAAUAUCCGGAACUGCCACCAAAUGCAUAUUGGGGAACAAUAAAGAACAAAAAAUCUGGAAUGUGUAUGGAUACAUUCGGAGCAAGUCCCUCUACAAGAAUUGGAAUGUCUAGUUGCCAUAACUGGGGAGGCGGUCAGUUGUGGAGGUUAAAUACAGCAGGUCAGCUAGCAUCAGGUGAAUGGUGUGCUGAGUACAAACCGUCAAACCCAAAAAACGAGGAGGAUGAGGUUGCUAUGGCUUGGUGCGCAUCAGGAUCAGCAACCGGUAAUUGGAUGUUUACAGAAACUACUGGAUUGUUGCGAUUGACAUCGCUGCCUGAAGACAGACAAUGUUUAAGUAUUCAUGUAAAAACAUUAAAAUUAGUAUUUACACAAUGUGACGAGAACGACAUCCACCAAAAAUGGCAGAUCGAGCAAAUCCACCCUUACUGGAGUAAACAGCAGUAGUUAAAUACUUGUAGAUUUUAUUUAUUAAAAUAGUUAAACUUUUUA